UUGGAGUUUAUGGCCAUCCAUCGCAUGAAAUUAGUAAAUAUACACUGUUAGUAUUUGAAGUGAUGGUUGAAGACGACAUACCCUACGAUCAAACAUCAAAUACUUACAGAGAUCAAGAUAACAAAAAAGUGCAUGUUUCAUUUUUUGCUAAUCUAGUAUGGUAUUUUAUGGAAUUUUUGCUUCAGCUAUUAUUGUAAGCACUAAAGUGAUUAAGAAAUUUAAGUAAAACGUGAGUUGAAAAUUGGCAGUAAACAUGUUGGAGUAUGAGAACCAAAUCUUUCUUGAAAUCCUUCAAGAGGAUGGAUUGGUUAUUACAGCUAAGGGCCUUGGAAUAGAAACCAUUUUUGCAAAUAUACUGAAGGCUUACUCAGAUCCAGGCAAUCUGGUUAUAGUUUUGGGAACCACUGAUUAUGAUGAGCGUUAUUUCAUAGAGCUACUUAAAAGUUAUGGGACGAAUAUAUUACCUCGUAUAGUCAACGCUGAAUGUCCCUCCAACGAAAGGGAAAUUAUGUACUUGGAGGGCGGAGUGCUGUUCAUAUCGGGACGUAUCUUGGUGGUGGAUCUGUUGAAGAACAGAGUUCCGCUGCACUUGGUCACUGGAAUACUCGUGUACAGAGCUCACAAUAUUCGGAACGCAUAUCAAGAAGCGUUUGCGCUGCGCCUGUACAGGCAAAACAACAAGACUGGAUUUAUCAAGGCGUUCACAAAUUCCUCCCUGGCUUUUACAGUCGGAUACUCUCAAGUAGAACGAGUCAUGAAAGUUCUUUUUGUAAAAAAAUUGUAUCUAUGGCCUCGUUUUCACAGUACCGUAAAUAAUUGUUUAUCGAAACAUGAGCCUGAUGUCAUAGAGUUGCAUGCAAAGUUCACACCAAAGAUGCAAAACAUUCAAACGGCCUUACUAGAUAUUAUGAAUUACAUAAUAAAAGAAUUGAAGAGGCUUAAUAAAUAUUUAGAACUAGACGAACUAACUGUGGAGAAUGCAAUAGCGAAGAAAUUUCACAAGCAGUUACAUUUGCAAUUGGAUCCAAUUUGGCAUCAGCUUAGCUCCUCGACCAAACAAUUGUUUUCCGAUUUGAAAACAUUACGAUCUCUCAUUAUAUGUCUGACGUACGAAGAUUCUGUUUCGUUUUAUCUCAUGUUGAAUCGUUUACGCACGAUGGAUUAUGCUGUAAAGGCCAGUGGUUGGAUAAUGUUGGAUGAAGCCGAGAAUUUGUUCAAAUACGCUAAGAGCAGAGUUUAUACUGAGAGGGAUGAACUGAAACCAGAACCAAAUCCAAAAUGGAAAGCCUUAUCGGAAGCUCUGUUCGAGAUUCAGAUACAACAUAAGAAAAGGAAAGACGGAAACGUCGAGAAAGUUCUUAUCUUAGUACACGAUAACAGUAUAUGUUAUCAGUUGAAAAAUUAUUUAACUAUGGGCGCAAAUGAGUAUCUACUUUACGAGGCUUUGAAAAAGCUGUCGCACACUAAACAGCAAAAGACAAGUGACAAUGAUAAAACGAACGCGAAGGAUCAGUCGAUAACUGAAAAUAACGCAGAUGAAGGAAAGCACGAAGAUCAAGAUACUUAUGUGCUUACAUUAUCGCAGAAAUGCGUAGAUGAGGAUCAGCCGAGCACUUCUACAGCUGAUGUAAAACAUCAGACUCUAUUCGAAGAAUGUUCGCAAAUUGCGGAGUUGGAUUUAACCAAUUGUGCAACGUCUGCACCUGUUAUUAUUAUACAAGCCAUAAAAAAGGGCGGUGAUCCGAUGGCGUUGCUGCGAACAUUGACGGAGCAUACGCCAAACAAUGUUAUUUUGUAUGUAGCUGAUAUCGGUAUCGUUAGACAAUUGGAGGUGUAUCAGAAUAAUAAUCCGUCGUUAAAUUUGAAAGUAUAUUUCUUGAUUUAUGGAGGAUCCGUUGAGGAACAAGAAUAUCUGACUUCUUUGCGACGAGAAAAAGAAGCGUUUAAUUCUUUAAUUAAUACAAAAACGACCAUGGUUGUGCCCGAAGAUCAAGAUGGAAAAUCAGAGGACUGUUUGACCCUUGCAAUUCAGUCGAAUAACACGAAUGAAGAAAAUACACGUAAAGGUGGAAUGCAGUCUGAGGCUACAGUGAUCCAAAAAGUUAUUGUCGAUAUGAGAGAAUUUAGGAGUGAGUUACCUGCCAUUCUGUACACACGCGGUAUUAAAAUCGAACCAGUGACAUUAGUGGUGGGUGAUUAUAUCCUUACGCCGGAAAUAUGCGUCGAGAGGAAAAGCGUGUCCGAUCUUAUUGGUUCCUUGCUUUCCGGAAGGCUAUAUAAUCAAGCGGUCGCCAUGACGAGACAUUACGCCAAACCCAUGCUUCUUAUAGAAUUUGACCAAAACAAGCCAUUCUGUUUCCAGGGAAAUUACUAUGUCAGUAGAGACCUUAAAAAUACAGAGAUAACAGCAAAGCUACAAUUACUAACACUCCAUUUUCCUAAAUUAAAACUUGUUUGGUCUCCCAGUCCACACGCGACAGCACAAUUGUUCGAAGAGUUAAAGCAAACACGGAAUCAGCCUGAUGCAAAUAUAGCCGCUAAAAUCGGAGCAGAUGACAAUACAGAAGACAAACAAGUAAUGGCAGAAAAAUAUAACCCUCGGAUCCAAGAUUUUAUGGCCAAAUUACCUGGUGUGCAUUCAAAAAAUUUACGUAGUUUACUGAAUAAAGGACAGUCAUUGGAUCAUCUUAUUAAACUUACAAAGGAAGAACUAAAAGAAAUACUUGGGAAUACAAAUGAUGCUGAAUUGUUGUAUAAAGGCUUGCACGAGAAAUGUUUACCAUCAAAUGAAACAUCAUUAGGUAGCAAAGGUGUUUCCAAAGUUCGUGGUAAAAAAUUGUUCACCAGAAUAAAAAAGUGAUACAUGAUAUACUACAGUCAAAAAUUUUCAAUAUAGUGUCAUUAAAUAAUACGAUACUGUGUA